AUGGUCGAAGCCUACUACCACGAUAAUGACGAAUCUGUAGACUUUCGUGAACCUCACAACUCCGGGGAAACUGUGUCCAUCGACCAGCUUGCCAAUAUUGGCGUCAUUUACAAGCCUUGUCCCACGGAAGCACAAAUGAACGAUGUCGCCAUCGAAAGAAACUACAGAAACAGAGAUAGAGUGAGCAUCUCUUCCGAGAGUCUGGGUGACGCUUUAUGGCCAAAACUGCAAGCUUUCUACGCUGAGCAUUUGCACGAGGAUGAGGAAAUAAGGUAUAUAGAAGACGGCGAGGGAUAUUUCGAUGUGCGCAAUGCUGUCGACGACCGUUGGAUUCGAUGCAAGCUGGUUCCUGGUGAUCUGCUCAUACUUCCUGCGGGAAUCUAUCAUCGCUUCACAUUGACUACGCAAAACUACGUCAAGGCCGUUCGUCUUUUCAAGGACGAACCUAAGUGGGUAGCUCAUGGCAGACCUAUCGCCGAUAAGUUCUCGAUUCGUGAAGAGUACUUAGCAUCAAUUCAUUAG